CUGAGUACUUGGGAUAAAUCUUUUAAAUCAUAAUCGGUGCAACUACGUGUUCGUAACGUUUGACUUGGACUAAACGUUUACUGGUAGAAGUGAGGAGGCUGUGCGCUUUUGUGCGGGAUACAAGCGCUUUAGAGAAAGAACAGGUAUGUGUAGACAUUAAAAAAUACACUUUGUCCUUAUGGCACAGGGAAUGGUCCACUACAGCGGAGGGAAAUGGCUCCCAGUUUAUAAUUUGACAGACUAUCUUCGGGGUGUUGUCUAAAUAAAAGGAAGCAGCCUUGAACUCUGCGUACAGAGGAAGUCCAGCAGCAUGUACGAGAGCCGAUCGGAUGCUGCUGGACAUGAACCAGCUGUCAGCGAUCCCGCCGCCUUCGGCAGCAGAGCGUCCAGACAGGCCAGCGUUGUGGAGCGGAUCUCGAGAUAUGGCAUGCAGGUCAUGCCCAGUGCUUUCCAGCGUAGGACGAGACUGCAGAGGCAGCAAGAGGUCAGUGACAGCUGCGCUCCGGGAGGACUGCAGAAAGAGGCUCCGGAGAGGACCUCGGUCACUCCCGCUAUGCGUAAAAAGUACCUGAAGGAGCUGCUUCUCAGUAACCCUUCACACAGCGGCUUCAGCAGCGUGCUGUCCACGCAGACCCCCAGCGUGUGCUCCGGGCAGGACACGGACUGGGCUUUGUCCCCGAUGGAACACGCGUGGAUGCUGUCAGCGGUGGAGGGCAGCUAUGAAACCAUAAUGGAGUUCAUCUCUGAGGACCCGCAUCUGCUAACCAGGAGGGACUUCAUCAGCGGGUACUCGGUGCUGCACUGGCUGGCCAAGAGGGGACAGGACGACACUCUGAUCAAACUCCUGCGGUACGCGGAGGGAGCGGGCCUCCCUGCGAACGUGAACCUGCGGGGCAGCGGGGGUCUUACUCCGCUGCACGUCGCCAGCAUGCACAGCCAGUACAUGGUCAUCAAGUUGCUGGUCGGAGCUUUCGGUGCCAACGUCGACGCAAUGGACUACAAUGGAAAGAGAGCCUGGCAGUAUCUGAAGGGAGACGCCCCGCCGGAGAUGAAGGAGCUGCUGGGGACGUGGGACGACGAGCACAGCAGCGGCGGUGCGCAAAAUGUCAACAAGAAUGGAAACAACAACUGCGCUGGCGCAAUGAACUUCACCCCAUGUGAGGAGGUCGACGGAGGAGAGAAGGAACAAGUGAACGACUUUGACCGGACUAAGAGAGGGAGGUUUGCGUCCAUAAGAAAGCUGCUGCCCUCCUUUACAUUUCUUGGAAACAGAACAUGAGUGGGUAUUACGCAAGCUUUACAAUAUCUGCAUUAUAUCUGCAUCCACUUCACUAUUGUGUGGUUCUCAAACCUAUGAAGGGUCACAAGUCACUGCAGAAGAGAUAUUGAUGUGUACAAGUAGAUCUGGCUGCAGUGAAAAUAUCUCACUUUUUCCAAUCAAAUUUCCAAAUGCGUGUGUCUCCUGUUCUUGAGAAGCCUUUUUGUCUUGCCUUGUUCUACUAAAAAACAAGCACCAAUUCCUUGUAAUUUCCUGAAACAAGCUUGUUUCCACUGCAUUUCAGGAUCUAAUUACAGACACAUGCAGUAAGAAGAUUAAAAGUGAUGACUGAAGGGUGACAGACAUUUUGUUCCACAAAUUGUUACUCUUUUUUGUCAAAAGCCUCAAGCUUCUAAAAAUACUUCUAAGUUGUACAAUCUAAAAAGGGAAACCUGCUCAUGGUCUCCACACAAAUAGCACUUUAAGGGGUCUCAAAACAAAAAGUGUUUGGAGCAACUGUCCUACUUCUACAGUGAUCCACGUAUCAAUACUGCUUUCAAUGUGGUCUUAAGUCAUCCAGUUAAAUAUCACUGACACUCAAGUCACUCCUCAUGAAAAAUGUCACUGAACCCAAUAAAACACUGAAGUCUUUUUCUAGCA